UAGUCGCAACUCGCAACACAGAUAACGUCUGACGCACUUUUUCAGCUGGUUCGUUGAAGUGUAUUUCAGUUCUCACUUUUCAGUGAGAAAAAUAAUUCAUUCUCCUCAGUUCUGCACACAACCUACUGGUAGACACUUGAUCGAAAUCAAGAUCGCCUUUUUUAUUUCGUGUGCGUUUUCGUUGUAAUUUUUUUUUUGUUAAAACCCAAUCAUUUUUGUUUGUGAUAAAAAAACGAAUUAAUAAAUAUGACAGAAACGGUAAUAACAGUCAACAGUGGUCACCAAACGACAACUUCAGCUCCCUCUUCUGCAGGACCACUGGGUUGGAUUGUAAUUAAUGUAGAGUACUUUAAAAGAAUUCCUGGCAUUAUUAAAAUAGUUCAAUUCAUUUUGGGCAUCAUCUGUAUGAUUCUGGCAUCCCCCCCAUAUUAUGGGAGUACUACUUUUUUUCUCUUUGUCGUGGUUGUGGCAUUUAUAGCAACAAUUUUAUGGUCAGCUGCUUACUUUUUGGGAAUACGAGAGGCCCUAACUUUACCCAUUAACUGGCUAUUGACUGAAAUAAUCAAUACUGGAAUUUUAACGAUUCUCUAUUUGACUGCGUCCAUCAUACAAAUGACAUCUUUUCAUGGAUCAGGUUCGCUGCUUAUAGCCGCUUUUUUCGGUAUUGUUAAUUUUUUGGCAUAUGCAGCUGGAUCAUAUUUCUUGUAUCUAGAGCUAAGGAUGGGUUAGACAAGACAAUCUUAGUUAUUAUUUUAAUAAAAUAUUUAUAAUAUUAUUAUAUAUAAAACAACGCUGACACAAUUCUAUACAUAAUUUAUUAUAUGUAUGUAUAUAUUUAAUAUUUUUUUGUAUGAAAUGCAUUAAGCUAACAAAAUAAAUAAGUUUAAAUAUGGUUAAAUUAUAUCAAAAAUAACUUAUAAAAUAAUAAUUGUUAAUAUUUUUUAAAUUGAAAGUUCAAUUAUAUUAUAAAGACCUCGAUACGUUUUGGUGUCGAGAAGUGUUCCAAAUAAAAUAUCUUUUUUUUUGAAAAAAAAAA